AAACAGUGCAGCCCCAGCAGGUUUCACAAAGCAAACAAGCCAAGCGAGGCGGAUGGUGUGGGAGUCAAAGGGCUGCUGCUGCUGCUGUGCAUCUUUUUGGCUGGAAUAUCCACCGCGAAAUGGCGAGGGAUCAGCGGAAGGCGGGCAAACCUUGCGGCUGGAAUUAGCCCGCCGGCGAGUCGACUAGAAUGACUACAGAGGAUUUGGCAGGUAAACCGCACAAAGUGUGGAGCUGUGACAGACAAACCAGAAAGUGUGUCGUCGCAUCGUCUCUGGAUGAACUUCGAACGAAAGGAGCUGCCAAGUUAGGAUACAACAACCCGUUUGACUUGAAGGUCGUGCUCGAAGAAGAUGGCACCGAAGUGGAAGAUGAAAACUAUUUCCAGCGAGCGGAGAGAGACACGGUAUUCCUAAUGCUCCAGCCAAACGAAAAAUGGCUACCACCCGGAGUCGAGGCCCUGAGGGCAGCCAUCACAGCAAUACCACGCAUCGUGUGCGACGCCAUUGCCAGCCUGGAAUUGAUGGACCUGCAGCCCUCGUGGAAGAUCAUGGACAACAAAGGGCGCGUCACAGUCGUACUCCACUGGGACCAGCACGAAAAGUGUCAAGGGCGGCGCGGACCUGGCUCCGAGCCCGGUGGGGUGCUUCGCGUAGAGGUCUCCUCGCAGGAGGCGCAAGCCGCCGGAGCCAUGGACGGAGGCGCCGUCGGCACUGUUCCGCGGACCCGGCUGACGCUAGAAGGCCUGGGACCCCGGCCCGAGUCACGCACGCUGCCUCCUCGAACGGGGUCGCGCGACUCGACGACGGCUGCCGUGCCCUCGUCGAACGGCAACAACGGGACGGGAAGCCCCGACCACAACCAUGCAGAGUGCGACUUCCACUGCGCUGCGCUUCACGGAUCUCACCAGAUCCAGGUGAACAAGUCGGUGGCAACAUCGCCCAUACAGGAGUUCCCACCGCGCGGAGGCCCAUUUCCCGGCACCUCGGGCAUGCAGAGAAUGGCACCUCCCCAACAGCCUCAGCCAUCUACAUCAGGCGGCAAAGGGCAGCACGUUCGCUUUCUGGAGGUCACGGAAGAGGCACGCAUCCCGGCCGUUGACGAUUCGGAGUCGGACACGGAGAACACUGCCUGCGAGGAAGAACAGCUAACGGAGCGUUACCUGCUCCUGGUAGACCAGCUCUCGCUAGAACAAGACCGGCAUCUCACCGUCCGGGACAUCGGCGUCAUCCUCGAGAGACUUGGCUCGCGAAUUGUUGAUGUGGACCGGCUAGAGCGCGAGCGGGAGAGUGCCGACAUUCACAAUUGGACUAUCAAGGCGACGCUGCGUGGCGAGGUGCUCAGGGAAAUCGGAGUCAUCUACAACGGACAGUAUUAUGGCAUAAUGGAACACCCCGGGUACUUUUGAUAAGAGGUGUCAGUGCUUUUUGGUGUCUUUCCUUUCCUUUUUCGUUUUUCUUUUACGGCUCACGUAGAGGCCAUAUGCCAAAUGAAUUGCCACUGCCACUUUUGGGGGGGCACAAGAGAAGCCUUUGCUUGCCCAGUUAACGGCGGUGCUAAAUCACUGCUCCCUUCGGGAUGCCAGCCAAACACCAUGGCAUCGCACCGGGUUGCAGCAAUGCACCGCUGGCUCCUUUGAUGGGUCACAUAAGCACAACUAGGUCAACAUAUGUAGUAGCAAGUGCCACCAGUGUUUAACUUCCCCCCAUACUUUUCCUACCGUGGAUUGAGACGUUGGCUCACUCUCAAGCGACGUUAUUCCAUUUCACUGCGUGUCAUUUUCCUUUUUUUUUUUUCGCUCGAUACCCAAAGAACUUUUCUAGAGACUGUGAAAAUGGGGUCGUGUAUGCUUUUUCACAUUCGAGAGAGCCUUCUACCUUGUUUGUUUCUUUUCUUUUUAUUUUGCACUCACUUAUACAGCCAAUUUUUUAUACCUCUUAUGCCCUUACGGGCUCUUGUUUUCUUUUGCUUGGUGCUAACAUCAGCUCUUCCCCCCAACUUACAUCAAAGGCUGUUUCGUCUCGUCACGUAGGCGGCAGGCCGCCCCUUUCCUCGACCCACAGACUGCAUGAACCCUCCGUGAGACUUGGGCCCUUGGUGGUCCUCUAAAUGGUUUAGGAUCCAGGCCUUGCACAUUCCCUGCUCAAGACUUUUUCUGCUGUCUCCUUUCGCCGCAGCAGCUUUCUCAAGCACUCCCCCACCCCUUCUCUCCCAGCGUGGCACCUACCGGCCCCUCCUGUCCCCAAUACCUCCUCCUGACUGGUGUGCCGUGUUUGUGGCCUGACGGCUAUGCCUGUCACAUUUGGUGUCCGCCUGUGGUGUGGGUGUCUUCUUUUUGUUCCGUCGACCGUCUCUUUGAGUGCUCUGGACUUUUGUGCCGACUCACUGCCACUGCCUCGCGGCAUAUUAGUACGAGGCGUUGCUCCUAUUUCGUCGGCUCGUUCCUCCAAUCACCUUGGCAAAGUUCGCGCUGGCCCCGCCCCGACCGGUGCGGCGUGCCGGACAAGUUCUUUGCGUGUUGCAGGCACGGUGACCCGUCAUUUUCCCCGCAUACCAUUCCUUCUCAAUUCCUUUUGUACUGUGGCCGACCAUGGCCAAGCUGGUGUCUCGACAAAGGCUAGCACUUUCAAUGCAUGAAUUAAU